UCGUCAGGACACAUUGAGAACCACAAGGGACAGCACCUUAGGACCUUACACUUAACAGAGCUGGGAAAGCUACAGCUGGGAGUCUCUGGUGGGUAAUGAAGGAGGUGUACAGCAGUUUGAGAAGAGUCUUCCAAGCUCUUGUGAGGAGAAAUAAGCAGCUCCUCUAAAGAAGAUCAGCAAGUCUGUUGGGAUCAAGAAGUGAGGAAAACCAUCAAGCCUUACAGCAAGGAUAUUUUUGUACAGUUUACCUGUACCCUAACUAAAAAGAGGAAUGGCCUGUAACAGAAACUGUGGGCUCCUCACUGGGGCCAUCAUCGGUGGUGUACUGGCCAUCUUUGGAGGAGUUCUAAUACCAGUUGGAGAUCAUCUUAUAAGCAAAGCAGUAAAAAAGGAAGCUGUCAUUGUCAAUGGUUCCGCUGCUUAUCAAAAUUGGCUUGUGCCAGGAAGCUCAGUUUACAGGGAAUUUUGGAUUUUCCAUGUGUUAAAUCCUUCAGAGGUUAUCAAUGGGUCUAAACCAAAAUUUGAACAAAGAGGACCUUACACAUACAGGGUGCGAUAUUUACCCAAAGAAAAUGUCAUGGAAGGUCAGAAUGGCACAAUAUCCUACAUGUUGCCUAAUAUUGCUGAUUUUGUACCUGAUAUGUCUGUUGGGACAGAAAAUGACAACGUAACCGUCCUCAAUCUUGCUGUUGCAGCUGUACCUGCCUUGUACCCAGGUGGUUUUAUGCAAUCAAUAAUAAACACUUGGAUUCCUCCCAACACAACCAUACUGCAGAACAGAACCAUCAAAGAAAUACUGUGGGGAUACGAAGACCCUUUCUUAAAAAGUAUCCCCUUCCCUGGAGUGAAAGCAACUGUGGGAGUCUUCUACCCAUAUAAUGGGACAAGUGAUGGACCUUACAAUGUGUAUACUGGGACAGAAGAUAUUACAAAAACAGCAAUAAUUGAAAGCUAUAAAAAUAAAAGGACUCUUUCAUACUGGGAAGGUCACUGUGAUAUGGUUAAUGGCACAGAUGGAGCAUCCUUCCCACCAUUUGUUAAGAAGAAUCAGGUACUUCGCUUCUUCUCCUCUGAUAUUUGCAGAUCAAUCUAUGGAGUUUUCUCCGAGAAGCAGGUUGUGAAGGGAAUCACACUGUAUCGUUUCAUAGUUCCUCGUGAAGCAUUUGCAUCACCAACUGAAGUUGGAGACAAUUAUUGCUUCUGCACGGAUCGAGAAAUAUCAGAGAACUGCACAUUAGCUGGAGUCCUGGACAUCAGUGCCUGCAAAGCAAAAAGACCGGUAUAUAUCUCUCUUCCUCAUUUUCUUCAUGCAAGCAAAUCUAUAUUGGAUAAUGUGGAAGGCCUGAGCCCAAAUGAAAAGGAGCAUGAGACAUAUCUAGACAUAGAGCCUGUGACUGGUUUUACACUACGAUUUGCAAAAAGGCUGCAAGUAAACCUCCUUGUGAGGCCUUCAAAAAUUAAGCCUUUAAAAAAUAUUAAAAAACCCUAUGUGUUCCCUCUUCUUUGGCUAAAUGAGUCUGCUGUUAUUGGGGAUGAGAAAGCAGAAAUGUUCAGAACGAAAAUCUCCGGUCGGCUCCAGAUGCUGAGCAUGCUGCAGAUGGCAUUAAUCAUUGGAGGCUCUGUGCUGUUCCUGGCGUUCAUGGGAUCCUUCUUCAUAUGCAGGUCAAAGAAAUUAAAAUAAGUGAAAAGACUUCAGAAGCAGUCAAUGUUUAAUUGAAAUUUCAGCUAAGCAGCUUGUUAAAAUUCAGAGACAAAAGGUAUGAUUCAAGACACAUUUAAUCCAUGUGCUGUGGAAUUCAACAUGUUUUUCCAUUUUGAGAAGACCAGUUUACUAACCCAAAUAAGCUGAAGUUUUUGAAGAUCCACAAUUCUGACAUCACUAAAUAAGCCACUGUGGAAACUACACUAUCAAAAGACUUUGAAACUUUUUACACAUUUUAAAUUGCAUUCAAGCAGACUGAAGUGGAGGUGCAGUUGGAUUUUAGUCCACCUUCUGCCGUUAUGCAACUUGCUACUCAUUUUCUUCUGGAUUUGCAAGAAAAAUGAAAGCCGCUUGCUGAUGUUCCAUCUCUGAGCACAGACUGGGAAUGAAAACAAUUUGGAACUCAUGCUGUGCUCUAGAUGCUCUCAUUGCAAUAUUUCUCUCUGUUCCUUCAAGGAAUGGAAGCUGCUGCAAUAGAACUGCUCUCUGUCCUCUAUUCAGGGAUGUGAAUUGCAUUGAAUGUGAAGUUUAUUAUGUAAAGUUACUAACUGUAAUACAUGAAGUUUAUAAAAAACUUACUAAAAUAUGUGGUUCAUACAUUUUAUAUGGAGAUGGCUCAUAGAUACACCACAGUCAUCCAUAUGUUGAUGGAGCUCAUUGACAUGUCUCCACAUGCUGUUUAUUAAUCUGGACCACUCCCUAACUUCCAACCUGCUCCACUGCUCUUCCUGUUGCCUCCUGUAAGCUUUUAUAUCUGCCUCUUGUUUGAACACCAGCCUCUGCAGAGCACUAAGCCCACUUGGCCCACUUCUCCCUUGGAAAAUGAUCUGUCACGUGACAGGCCAAGAGAAAAUAUUCCAAAAUGCUUCAGAGACAGGAAAGACUGAGAUAAUGAUUUUGAUCAAACAUCAGAGGGUUCCACUUGCUAUAGAAGCACACAAAUGAAAACAGGUAGCACCAAUUACUUACUGAUAAACCAUCUGCCACAAGGAAAUUUGCGAAACCAUUUGUUUAAUGAGGUGUAUCAGCCUGUAGACAGGUAGCAAACACUGACAUCUCCAUAAAUCAUUGACGUUUUCAAUUUAUCUGAAUGCUGUAUUUUAUUCUGAGAGUAAAUGGGGCAAAUAUGGAGUGUUACGAAGUCUCUUUCCAUGGAUUCAAUAAAUUCAGAUCAAGAGCCUAAGUUCAGCAUUUUCUGAGAUUUCUUUUCAAAUCUUUUAUCCCCUUAUUUAAGAUAAGAAAAGAAAAGAAAAGAAAAGAAAAAGGGAAAUCAAACAUUUCCCUUGAGAGGUCAGCCUCUCAUAUCCUGCUGUUUGGAAACAAUGCUACAGUGGACUUUAAGCAAGAAAGGUUUGUCUUGCUAUUAAAGGACAAUGUCUUUGGCUGGGUAGUGUAAGGUGUUCUUACCUUUGGAAAUAACGGGAAAAUCCAACUGAUUAUAAUUCUGGUGUUUUAUUCCAUUGUUCCUUAUGGACAAAGUCUUACAGCAAUCAGUAGAGCUGAUGAGUCACAGAAAUCCCAAGAUACUAUUCUUGAAGGUGAGGUACAUGGCUGCACUCUCCUUUCAGCUGUGAGCUGGAGCUGCCAGCUGCCAGGGCAGCUGGUGUGACACUCGAGGGGAGGGCUGCUCUCAGCCUGUGUAUUUGACUACUCAUGCUGCUGGCUAGUCAAUGAAGAACACCUUUCUCUCACAUCCUCAUUAUUGCUGGUGUCAUAUGUGAUGCUCUGUUCCCAUAUUAGUCUGGGGAUAAUUUGACACAACUGAAGCCAUCCCUAGAGUCCUAUUGACUGCUCAAAAAUUGUGGGGACAGCUAAAGUAAUUCAGCCACAUCUCUGAGAUAAACACAGCUCUGCUGUGGUUCAAGAUCUGACAGCAACUUUUUAUAAUAAAAUGUCCUUUGUGUCAGGAUCUAACAUGAAAGGAACAACUGCAGUGCUCCUGUAGCUUUUGAUAUGCUAAUAUUUCAGCUUCAUUUUAUUUCACUUCAAGUGCAUUGUCAGUUAGUGUUUGCUUUACCAGUGUUCUUUAGUGCUAUGUGGUGCUCCAGCAGCAGUGAUCCAGCAAGUCAGGCCAUGAUUUUAAAUGUCUCAGGGCCAAAUUUUAUAUGGACAAUUUUAUAUAGAACUAUGUUUGUCCAUAUGCAUAAUCUCAUUGAUUUCAAUGCAGGUUUGGAUUUUAAACUAUGUCCAACACCUAGACUGCACUUGAAUUGUAAUUUGUAGUUCUUUAUCCAAAGCAUCAGUUACAGUUAUUGUUAAUUUAUGAUACUAAGGCUAAUGUUAAGUAUUUACAUUUGUUCACACAGUGCAGGGUAAACUGUCAUUAGAAACAUUAAUGAAAAUACAAAUAAAAUAAAGCUCAAAUAUUUUUUUUUCUGAUAUCCUUAUGUUUAAUUGUAAAUAAAAACUUCUGUGUUGAAUAAUGAA